UGGGUUUGCGAAAGAGUAACCUAGAUGCCAUGUUCCUCUAUGGCUAAAGGCACCAUUUGCCCUCUGUAUUUUCUAUAACUUGCUUUCUCUCCUAUCGUGACUAAUCCUUUUCCUGCAGUUCUGUUCCUGACACACUAAAACUACUUCUUUUACUUUCCUACAAAAACACUCACCUUUUUGCCUGAUUGUCCCUGUAGCCUUCCCAGAACUAGACCAGUAACUAUUUUAUAACAUUGUCUCGCACUAGGCUACUGACAAGCUAGAGUUAAUCCUUCAACCCUCGUUCUAAUUCCCAUAAUGCAUUGCAUCAUUUGAAACUUCUACCGGCGUUUCGCCCCAUCUUUCUUCCCCCCUGUUUUCUUAGCUAUCUAUAUCAGCAUUUUUGGUCCUAUGGUGUGCUAGCCUGCAAGUCAUUCUUUAAGGUAUGGCAAAACUAUGUUGUAUUUCCAGAUUUGAGCCUGUGAUGUACUACCAGAUUUGAGCCUUAUUUAGUCAUUCAUUACGGCAUUUUUGCGUAAACAGUGUUAGUGAACAUUUGAUGUGGAAUGUCCUUGCAUAACACUCGACUUCUUUCCUCAAGAAUUCUGGCUGUAGCAAAAAAUAAUGGGGAAGGACAAAAUCAGGGAUAAUUUGUAAACUGGAGUAUAUUAAAGCCCUCAUUUUCAGCCACAAUGAGUCCUUUUUUUAGGAAACUAUCCAUUUUUGUUCAGAAGUACCGAGCAUAUUUCCUUGUUGUGUCCUGUGGGGGAGUAUUUGUUAUAAAUGUUUCUUAUCACAUCUUUCCAGUGAAGACGUACAAAGCAUUAUACCAGGCCUAUUUCAAAGGACAGCCAGCAGCACUUUCAGAAAAGCUACAGGAGACCUUUCAAAGUGUUUUAAAAGAUGUUGAUGUAAAGUCCCCAGAGAAGUACAGUGCUUUUGCAGCCUUUGGUUUUCAUCCUGUGAGUGCUGGGAUUCCUUGGAUGCCAAGUGGAGUUCUUGUUGGGAUUCCUGCCAAUUUUAAUUGUACCACAGAGAGCUCAAAAGGACUUACAGACCAUACUGUCAUGAUGAAUGGAAAGGAAUUGCAGUGGAACAGUGAUACUGGAAAGGUUUUAAAAGAUGCACUGACAUUUUCAUGUAAGGCACAGAAGUUUGCAGUUGCAAGAGAGGUUUUAUACUUAAAGGAUAAUAGUCCUGUCCUGCAUGCAUUGGUAGCACCUGUGUGCUUGGCCAGUACAUGUUUGUCUGGCUUGGCUUUCCAACAGAUGUUAAGCAUACAUUCUGGCCCUAUAGUCUUUCGUGGACUGUAUAAUUUAGCAGUGGCAGUAGUAGGAAUUUGUAGCUAUUUCCUUGUAUGUGAUACUGUUGGUCACUGGCUAGAUUACAGAGCAGAUAGAAAAGCAGCUGUAAUUUCUAAAGAUUAUGCUAAAGGUGGCAUUGAGUUCUAUGACAAAAUCUUGCUCCGUAAUAGGAUUUUCCGGAAUUUGAUGGGUAAAAACGGUGAGGAGAUGUACUCUGCUUGUGGUAAUCUGUUUCCAAAACAUUGGUUCCGUUUGAAGCAUGCUCCUUACACUUCUAGAAAAGAAAUUAUUUUAAAAAUGAUGAAAGAUCAAUAAUCUUAUCCUUAUUUGUAUAUUGCCCGAGAGUCUUGUCUUCUCAUUAAUCUUUCUCCUCCUUCACUGUCAUCUUUCGGUUUUAUCGAGAAAAUUGUUAACAGUAAAGAGCAGUAACAUUAAUAAAAGGAAUUCCAUCGAGCAUUUUAUUUAAAAUGACCACUGAUGGUAAACAGAAGAGUGUGAUAAAAAAAAGCAGUACGUUACAGGCUUCAUGGCUUGGAGGGAAAAGCCCUGACUGUUCCCAACCAUCUCAGGCAUUAGAAGAAUUACCUGGGAAGGAGUUGCAGGACUGAGCAGUCAGUACCAGCUUGCUCAUCCUGAAGAAGGGGGUAAGAAUACUCCAAGUACCACCUGACAAUUGACUGACUGGCAGUUUUUCUUGUAUUCCACCAAAGGAACCGUUAGGCCCCGACUCCGGAAAGAAAGUCUAUACCAAAAAAACAACUGAGAAUCAGUUAAAACCACAGGAUAUAGUCACCUUAAUAUUCAGUUGAACAGCACUUUUAAACACACAAAGUUCAAAUUCAGGGUGCUUUUCGUACUAAACCAACUUAAAGCAGGACGUCAUCAGAAAGAAUUAGAGCACUUCUGAAGACAUUCUUAAGCAUCUUUAACAUUUUAUAUUUUUAGGUUCAUAGGUGUGUACUAGUCUAAUGGCCCU